AACCUGUUGAGGGAUGUUCAGGGCACAUCGCAACAGCAGCCAUACUUAACUUCGAUCUGUCAGUGAGUGCGUUUCGUUUCGAAUAUUUUCGAUUUUCGCUUUGUUAAAACGGUGAUCCCUCAAAAAACGAUUUUCGUCGUAUUCGGCGACGUCCGGGGGUUCCAUUCAAGGUGGUUCCACGUGUUUCGCGGCCAUGAUUAACCUGGAAGCGAGGAUAAUCACCAGCGAUAAGAAUAUGGGCGAUUUAAUAGAUAUGACUUCCGUUUAUAAUAAUCUCCCAACGUAUCUUCCAACAAACAACUGGAAUUAUUAUAUGCGACGAAACAUGCAAGAAAUCAUUCCGGGGGUUUACUUAGGUCCAUAUUCAACAGCGCUAAGAAAUUGCCGUUCUGCGUUAUUAGAUAAAGGAAUAACACAUAUUAUUUGUGUCCGACAAGAUAUUGAGGCACAUUAUAUUAAGCCACAAUUUUCUGAUUCAACAUUUACUUAUUUGACGCUCGAAUUCGCUGAUACGGUAACAGAAAGUAUCAUAAAGUACUUCCCAAAAGUGCGACAAUUUAUUGAUGAUGCUUUAGCACAUAAUGCUAAAGUUUUAGUCCAUGGAAAUAAUGGGAAUUCAAGAAGUGCAGCUUUAGUUUUAGCUUACAUUAUGGAAAAAUUUGGGUUAACUUAUCGAGAAGCUUAUGCUUAUGCUAAAGAUCGAAGGGCUUGCAUAAAACCCAACGACGGUUUUAUAUCCCAAUUAGAAGAAUAUGAGCCAAUUUAUCGGGCGAGACAAAGUUUAGAACAAGGCGGGACAUCUUGCGAAACGCGGAGGCAUAAAAGGAAGUGUGAUGAAUUAUCGGAAUUGGUUGAUAUCGAUUUAAUUCAACCACCACCUUCACCCGCAACAGAACUUGUCGGUGUUGAUUAUAGGCAAGAAGAAGUUUUAGAUAUUUCCAAUCAUUUACACCGGUUGUGGUUGUUAAAAACUGCUUAGUGGGGCUUUUUAAAAAAAUCUGUUGUGUAUAUAUGUACAUUUCUUAAGGUUAAGUCUAGAUUAAGGUUUUUAUAUGUAAGUUAAUUAAGAUUUAAUCCUUUUUAAAAUUUAUUGGAAUCAGAAGAAUCUAUUAAGUUUUUUUUU